CUUAUGUAUUUGGCGUCAUGGCUGCCCCCGUAGCACUCAUUCAAGGGGCCAGCAGAGGAUUGGGGCUUGCUUUCUGCAAACACAUUUUAAAAAAUAAAAGUCCAGCUGUUGUCAUUGCCACAUGCCGGAAUCCUGAUGGAGCAGCCGAAUUAAGGGAGCUGUCUACCCAGCACCCUGGGAGAGUUACGCUGCUCGGACUGGACGUGAACCGUGAGGAGGACAUCCGAGGAGCCUCGGAGCUCCUGAAGCAGAACUUUGGGCGGCUGGACCUGCUCGUCAACUCCUCCGCCCUGCUGCACCCCUCAGGGAAAGGAGAAACCAGUCUGAGGGAUGUGUCUGCACAGGGCAUCAUAUCUACGUUGACCACAAACACAGUGGGUCCUCUGGUCAUGGCCAAGUAUUUUGCACCCCUUCUGCAGAAAGGUGGAGGAGGCUUUGGUCAACAGCCUGAAGAUAAUUCUAAACAGCACAGCGGAAUCAUUGUUAACAUUACUGCAAAAGUUGGAUCCAUUGGUGACAAUGGUCUUGGUGGAUGGUACAGUUAUCGGAUGUCAAAAGCAGCACUAAAUAUGGCAACAAGAAAUCUGUCCAUAGAACUGGGCCGUGGCAGGCAGAAGGUGCUGUGUGUGUCUUUACACCCUGGAACAGUAAACACAGAUCUGUCCAGGCCUUAUCACAAGAAUGUACCAAAAGACAAGUUGUUCAGCACUGAGCACUCCGUCAAUUGCCUAAUGAACAUCAUUGACACACUGAAUAUCAAGAGGACUGGUAAAGCCUAUAGCUGGGAUGGGUCAGAGUUGCCCUGGUAGCACACACCAACACAGGAAACGUGUGUUCACUUUUGCCUUCACUUAAUAUCAUGUAAAUGUGUCAGUUAAGUUAAGCUGUACUAAAUCAAUAAAGCACAUUACGUUUUUAAACAUA